AUGGCAUCGGCCACACCUUCUGUGCUGUUUCGAAAAUACCAAGUCGACGCUCUCUCAGCUCUGAUAAACGAAACCCCGGAGAUUUGUCCGCCUAAUGUAAUAAUUCAAGGCCACCAAAGUUCUGGAAAAACGUUGACUGUACGGAAGUUGUUUGAGGCAAAUCCACAAAUCUGCAAUUGCUGGCUCAAUACAGUGGAAUUGGUUACAUGGAAACCUCUUUUGCAGCAUGUGGCGCGGAGUGUGUCGAGCACACUGCGAUCAUCGUUUCCGCAUAUCAAUUACGACUAUCAAGAUGCUUUAGAGGCUGAGGACUUUUAUUUUUUGCUCAGGGUCUUAGAAGCACAAUUGCGUCAUUUCGACGAGCUGGAGAAACCUACCAGCCUUUACAUUGUGCUGGACGGCUUCGAUCAGCUCAAAGAACUUGAUCUCGAAUUGCUUCCCAAGUUUAUUAAGCUGCAUGAACAACUGCCGCGAAGUUUCAAGAUUCAACUCAGAUUCAUAUACAUCGUCAGAGAUGUAGCCUUUCUCCACAAGUACAGCACCUAUUAUAUUCCCACAAUAGUUUUUCCGCGAUAUAGGCACGAAGAAGUGGCCGAAAUAUUACUAUACAAUAAAACCAAAGAAUAUGUGGAAAGUGAAAACUUGCUACGUCAAGUUGUGAAGUGUGGUCUUGACCCAGAGGACUUGAUUUUUGAGCGAGUUGUGGACAACUACAUCAAGAUGAUCAUCCAAGCGUUCCAUUCUUACACGGGGAACGACAUUGUGGCAUUGAGUGAUAUCAUGGACUCCAAAUGGGACAGUUACGUCCAAUCCAUCACUAAAGAAAACAUUUACGAUCCGCUGUCGUUAUACCGAUCAAACAUCGAAAUCUACACAUCCACGGGUGACACAUUCACUGAUACAAACGCGAAUAGUGCUUUUGAUGAAAGUAACAAAGAAGCAACUGCAUACGAGCUUUCCGCCAUCUCAAAAUAUCUUCUUCUUGCGGCGUAUCUGUGCUCAUAUCUGGAGCCACGCUACGACAGCAAGAUAUUCUCUAAGAAGUCACAUCUCCGUGCCGGCCGAUCGUCAUACGGACGCCGUAGUAAGAUGGAAACAAACCCUCGUUACCUCCAACCGUCACUCUUUCCACUCGAGAGACUUUUUUCAAUAUUCCAAGCUAUUUUUCCGGUAGGAGACAGACACCAUGGGAAAUCAAGCAUUUUCUACCAAACAGAGCUUAUGAGAGCUAACGUUGAGGUUUAUGAGAACUUGGCAGAGCUCAAUGGCUUAAAGCUCAUCACCACGGCUACUUCCAAAGGUGUUGACUAUUUGAGCUAUAAGUUGAAAUGGAAAAUAAAUGUACCUUGGGAAAUCAUUAACGAAAUCAGUUCUUCAGUAGGUUUCGACAUUGCAGAAUACUUUACAGGACUACAUAACUAG